CUGUGCAGGUGCAAAAUGGGAACGAAAAAUCUUUCUGGACAGCGACCCUGUUGUUGUCCCGUCGACCCUCAGAAUCGGCUCCGUUAACCCCCAAAAUGCUACUCGAAACCGAACCCUAAGUUCCUCUUUUGAUCUCUCCCAAUUCUUCGAUUCUCUCCCCCUCAAUCGUUGAAAUGCAAUCGUCGUCCCCAAUUGCCUUGAAUUCCUUCAGCUGAUUCACCUUCCGUACGAGCUGCUCCCCUGGGUUCCCAACUCGUUGCUCCUCGAUCACACUUAUACCGGAUGGUCUGAAGAGUUUCUGUAAGAUAGGGUAUAAAGAAAUGGGUAGCAGUGAGGCCGAUAAGUCGGCAAAGGAGAAAGAGACAAAGGCAGCAGCUUCAACUACAACACCGGAACAAUCCUCCACUACGAGCACAGCCCCAGUUAAUCCAGAGUGGCCGGGCUUUCAGGCAUAUUCUCCUAUCCCUCCUCAUGGCUUUCUGGCUUCGAGUCCCCAAGCACCUCCAUACAUGUGGGGAGUUCAGCAUAUUAUGCCACCAUAUGGUACACCUCCUCAUCCCUAUGUAGCGAUGUAUCCUCAUGGUGGUAUAUAUGCCCAUCCAUCUAUUCCUCCGGGAUCAUAUCCUUUCAGUCCCUUUGCCAUGCCUUCUCCAAAUGGGGUUCCGGAGGGAAAUACACCUGGUACUGCAGAAGGAGACAGUAAGCCAUCUAAUACGAAAGAAAAAUUGCCUAUCAAAAGGUCGAAAGGAAGUUUGGGUAGUUUGAAUAUGAUCACGGGGAAGAGUAACGAUGCUGGGAAAACCUCAGGAACUUCUGCCAAUGGGACUUAUUCAAAAAGUGGAGAAAGUGGGAGUGAAGGUACAAGUGAAGGAAGUGAUGAGAAUUCUCACAAUGAAUCGCAAUUGAAAUCAGCAGGUAGACAAGAUCCUGUUGAAGAAGCAUCGCAGAAUGGAAACUCAGCUCAUGGCCCUCAGAAUGGUGGAUCCAGCGCCCCUCAUGCAAUGGUUAACCCAUCAAUGCCUUUGGUUCCAAUUACAGCUGCUGCUCCCCCAGGAGGUGUUCCUGGUCCCACUACGAAUUUAAACAUUGGGAUGGACUAUUGGGGUGCUCCAGCUUCAUCUCCUAUCCCUGCGCUUCGUGGGAAGGUUCCUUCCGCUCCUGUUGCCGGUGGAAUUGUCACUGCUGGCUCAAGAGAUAAUCAGUCUCAGAUGUGGCUACAGGAUGAGAGAGAGCUUAAAAGGCAGAGAAGGAAGCAAUCCAAUAGAGAAUCUGCCAGAAGAUCCCGGCUUCGUAAGCAGGCUGAAUGUGAUGAGCUUGCUCACCGUGCUGAAGCUUUGAAAGAAGAGAAUGCCACUCUGCGAGCUGAAGUUAGCCGUAUUAGAAGUGAAUACGAGCAGCUUCUUCAAGAGAAUACCUCUCUCAAGGAGAGGCUCGGUGAAAUUCCUGGUCACGAAGAUCUGAGGUCUGGAGCAAAUGAGCGACACUUGGGCAGCGACCCUAAGCAGUCUGCAAGCUGAGGAUGUUGAUUAUUACUAGGCAGGAGCAGUCUGCUAAUUAAUCCAGCCUUACCCGAUCGAGAGCUGCUUGGCUUCUGGGGACCACCGUAAUCUAACCGUUAGCAAGAGGAAGUUUCUUCACCUAGCCCAGUUGUAGUUUUUCUUUUUUCUUUCUUAAAAUUUUUACUGAGAGUUCUGAUAAGAUUAGAGCUGUGUAGAUUAUGUCCAUGAUGUUAUCAUGUUUCUCUAUGGGUUUUUAGCUUUUCACAUUUUAUCGAGGAAGAAGGUGUAGGAUGAUGAUGAAGAUGGUACGAGGACUGAAGAUGUUGUGUCCCGCCCUUAAAAAUUUUUAUCUGUGAGAAGGGUUUAGUAGUUUAAGUUGGGAAGGGGAAAGAAAAGAACAGGGGGAAAAAAAAAAAAACGUAAGCUCACACACUUCUCGUGUAUUGAUUAAUGUGUAACUCUUUGAGAUAAUUGAUGGUUGGAAUCUGACUUGAGUGUGCUAUUAUUGUGCGGAACUUGGCAUCACCUUUUGUCA